AUAAAAACAUAGAUAGUAUAAUAAAUAGGAUAGAAAUAUAAAAAAAGUAGGUGAGUUGACCGUGACGUCAUUGUGUAAUAUUUCAUAUGAAUUUGUUCAUAUGCUUGAUUUGUUGAUGAAAAUACUAAGAUCACUAUAUACAUGCCUUUAACAGUUGAGGAGUUACCUCGAUUCCUCAGGAACCCCAUCGUCAGAACUCGAACUUGACAAAAAAAAAUCUUGAAAAUCUAAUUUGCUUAACAAACACAGCGAAGAGGACAAAACGUGAACUAUGCGUCGUUGAUGAAUUCCAUUCUGAUCAUAAUCAGCAGUUCCACUGCAUCAAAUGUCACUUGUUUAAAUGUAAAUGCUUGAUUUGUAAAAGAAAAUACAAAAAUCACUCUAUGUAUGCUUUUAACAUUUUAGGAGUUCCCUGGAUUCCUCAUACAUUUUACCAUCAGAUCUCUAGGUUGACAAAAAAUUGUCUUGAAAACCUAAUUUGCCUAACAAACAUAACGAAGACGACAAAUCGCCAAGCGGGAACUAUGCGUCGUUGAAGAGUUAUAUUCUGAUCAGCAUCAGCAGUUCCACUGCAUCAAAUGUCACUUGUUUAAAUGUAAAUGCUUGAUUUGUUAAAGAAAAUACAAAAAUCACUCUAUGUAUGCCUUUAACAUUUGAGGAGUUCCCUCGAUUCCUCAUGGGUCCCAUCAUCAGAACUGAGUUUUGACAAAAACGGAACCAAUCUGUAUAUAUACAAAUUCAAUAAAAGAACAAUUUUUAAAAUCGGUUCAGAAAUGACGGAGUUUUGAAGUAACAAAUAUUAAAAAAAAAAACAAAAGAAAAACAUACAACCGAAUUGAUAACCUCCUCAUUUUGAAGUCGGUUAAAAAUGACCUUACCUGAUGUGUGUGGCGCUAGAAAUCUAAAUAUAAUAUAUGGAUACCCAUAUUGUCAUUGAAUGUCUCAGAUAAGAGUUUUCAAGUUCGAAUAUUUAUAGAAUCAUUCACACUUUACAUUCUUAAACAACUAUUAAUAUUUGAUAAAUACUGGACUAACCUCAGUGCAAUUUGAGCUUCCGAGGCGAUUAUACUAAGAAAAAUAUAAUAAGUACAUACCUUUUAUAAUAACGCAGCCAUGCAGAAUCCAACAGCAUAUCAAGAAGUCAACAAUAUGCAAAUAAGAGAUCUUGAAGUUAUAUUAAGAGAACAUCAAUUUAAAUGGAAACAGAGAAACGCAAGAAUUAUGGACAUCGGUUGCGGCGAUGGAAGCGCUACUAUAGGUCUUUGGAAAAAGUAUAUUCCGGAGAGCUUUAUGACGAUAGUCGGAAGUGACAAAAGUCAGGCAUGUAUAAAGUUUGCGAAGAAGAAUUACGAGACUGAAGAAGUUAAAUUCAUGACGCUUGAUAUAGAAGAGGAGAUACCUAAUGAACUGAAAGGAUGUUUUGACCACGUGGUCUCAAACUACGUGUUUCAUUGGGUGCAACAGCAAGAAAAAGGCUUCUCAAACAUAUACAACAUGCUGACAAAAGACGGAAAAUGCCUGCUAAUAUUCCUCGGGAAUUGCAACAUUUACGAAAAUUAUCGCACACUUUCACGCACUACAAAAUGGCAUUCCUAUCUUAAAGAUGUCAAGACCAAAUUUAUCUCUCCAUAUCAUGAUUCUCAGGAUCCAGAAACCGAAAUUAGAUGUUUGAUGAGGAAAAUUGGUUUCCGAGAUAUUAAUGUCAAUGUGCAAAAUCUUUCGUUUGGUUUUGUACGCGGAAUAGACGAAUUCAGAGACAUGAUGAAAUGUCUGAAUCCCUUCGACGGACUGGAGGACAAAUGGGAUGAUUUUACGGACGACUAUGUUCAGCUAGACCCAAAUGCGGGCACAAUCAUAUAUCAGCUGUUGGUUGUUUCUGGGACAAAAUGAGUAAUAUUAAUAGUGUGUUUCUACACGAUGUUAUUGAACCUAUCGAGGUUAUAAAUAAAAAUUGUUUAUUUGUCAAAAAGUGUAUAUAAUUUUUUUGCCAUACAAAGCUAGGCCUGUGUCGUGCUCAGCUGUGACAAAU